CGCGAAAGCGCUCGAUCGCGACGCGCGCGCGCGGAAUCGCGAGACGAACGCCUCGCGCGCCCGCUCGACGCCGCGAUCGAUCGCGUCGACCGUCGCGACGCGCGAGAGCGACGGAAUCGUGACGAUGCGCGCCGACGCCUCGAUCGCGGCGUCGCGACGAUUCUUCGUCGUCGCGUUCGCGCUCGCGUGCGCGCUCGCGGGCGUCGCGCGCGCGCGCGCGUACGGCUACGAUCCGUGCGCGUCGUCCGGCGAGCGCGGGAUCGAGAUCGCGGGCGCGGUGACGAUCGGGUUGGCGUUUUGGCCCGGCGGCGCGCUCGAGCGCUGGGACGGGUAUCACCCGUGCGCGCAGAGGGCGCAGCUCGCGGCGCUGGGCGUCGGAACGACGUCGUUCGUGAUAAACAGCGCGGAGCUGACGGCGCUGCGAGGCACGCGGGCGGACGAGGAUGGGCUGUACGCGACGAACGCGAGCGCGACGAUGAUGUCCGUCGUCGCGUACACGGCGACGCGGGUGAGCGCGCCGAGAGCGGUGCGGUUGGAGGCGGCGGAGCCGACGAACGCGAACGGACGAAGCGGUCGGGUGAACGCGCUGACGCUGUUAGUGACAUUAGACGGUGGGGACGUGAAGUAUUUGCGUUGGCACGACGGCGGGUGCGGAGCGUGCGGCGGCGUCGGGGACGCGCGGUGCUUGUCCGUGGGCGACGGCGACGUCGCGUGCUCGGCGUCGUUGGCGGGAUGCGAUGGCACGUGCUCGGGCUCGGCGUGCGACGUGGAUUUAGCCACCGCAGAUGCGUUGCGGUGUCAGCUCACGGUGACGGUGGCGACGAGCGGGACGGAUAAAAACGACGAAGUCUUCGUCUUGGGUAGCCAGCUCGAGCGGCUUUCAAUGUACGCGAGCUCGGGGGCGUACGCGAGCGCCUCGGCGCAGUCCACGGCGGCGGUGACGGGAGUGACGGGAUUCCUCGGUUGA